GCCCCGCCGCCCGCCCUUCUGCUGCUGCUGCGGCGGCCCCGGCUCCUCGCACCGCCUCGACCCCGGACCUGCUGCCCGGACCGACCCCGCUACCUGCCCGGCCGCGGGAGGAGCCGCUUCCCUCGCCCCGGGAGGAUGGAGGUCCUGCAGCUCCUGCGCCUGCUCCUCACCGCUACCAUGCUGGGCCUCUCCCAGACGGUGAAUCCCUUUGUGGCGCAGCAGACUCCCCCAGACCCUUGCUAUGACGAGAGCGGCGCUCCUCGCCGCUGCAUCCCUGAAUUUGUCAAUGCCGCCUUCGGGAAGGAGGUUCAAGCCUCCAGCACGUGUGGGAAGCCCCCGACGCGGCACUGCGAUGCCUCGGACCCCCGCCGAGCCCACCCACCCGCCUACCUGACCGACCUCAACACUGCCUCCAACAUGACAUGCUGGCGCUCGGAGACCCUCCACCAGUCACCCCAGAAUGUCACCCUCACCCUCUCCCUCGGCAAGAAGUUCGAGGUGGUCUAUGUCAGCCUCCAGUUCUGCUCGCCCCGGCCCGAGUCUACCGCCAUCCUCAAGUCCAUGGACUACGGCAAGACCUGGGUGCCAUACCAGUACUACUCCUCACAGUGCCGUAAGAUCUAUGGCAAGCCCAGCAAAGCCACUGUCACAAAGCAGAACGAGCAGGAGGCCCUUUGCACCGAUGGCCUCACAGACCUCUACCCUCUCACCGGCGGGCUCAUCGCCUUCAGCACCCUUGAUGGGCGACCAUCCGCCCAGGACUUUGACAGCAGCCCCGUGCUCCAGGACUGGGUGACAGCCACUGACAUCCGCGUGGUCUUCAGCCGCCCGCAUCUCUUCCGUGACCUGGGCAGCCGGGAUGCCGGUGAGGAGGAGGGGGGCACCAGUUCGACCCCCUAUUACUACGCGGUAGGGGAGCUGCAGGUCGGUGGGCGCUGCAAAUGCAACGGGCAUGCGGCACGCUGUGUGAAGGACAAGGAGCAGAAGCUGGUGUGUGACUGCAAGCACAACACGGAGGGUCCUGAGUGCGACCGCUGCAAGCCCUUCCACUACGACCGGCCCUGGCAACGGGCCAGCGCCCGUGAGGCCAAUGAGUGUCUGGCCUGCAACUGCAACCUGCAUGCCCGGCGCUGCCGCUUCAACAUGGAGCUGUACAAGCUCUCGGGCAGGAAGAGUGGCGGCGUCUGCCUCAACUGCCGGCACAACACCGCAGGGCGGCACUGCCACUACUGCAAGGAGGGCUUCUACCACGACCUCAGCAAGUCCAUCACAGACCGUAAGGCCUGCAAAGCUUGUGACUGCCACCCUGUUGGCGCGGCUGGCAAGACCUGCAACCAGACGACGGGGCAGUGCCCUUGCAAGGAUGGCGUGACCGGCCUCACCUGCAACCGCUGUGCCAAGGGCUACCAGCAGAGCCGCUCACCAGUGGCCCCCUGCAUCAAGAUCCCUGCCAUCAACCCCACCUCCCUGGUCACCAGCACGGAGGCACCUGCAGACUGUGACUCCUACUGCAAGCCAGCCAAGGGCAACUACAAGAUUAACAUGAAGAAGUACUGCAAGAAAGACUAUGUGGUCCAGGUGAACAUCCUGGAAAUGGAGACGGUGGCCAACUGGGCCAAGUUCACCAUCAACAUCCUCUCUGUCUACAAGUGCCGUGACGAGCGGGUCAAGCGCGGUGACAACUUCUUGUGGAUCCACCUGAAAGACCUGUCCUGCAAGUGCCCCAAGAUCCAGAUAAGCAAGAAGUACUUGGUCAUGGGGAUCAGUGAAAAUUCCACUGACCGGCCGGGACUGAUGGCCGACAAGAACAGCCUGGUCAUCCAGUGGCGGGACGCCUGGACGCGCCGCCUUCGGAAACUGCAGCGGCGGGAGAAGAAGGGGAAGUGCGUGAAGCCCUGAGGGGUUUCCACCCAUCCCGUCCCAUGCUGUGCUCAGCCCCAGCCCGGCUGUGCACUGCUAGACUGCACCCAGAGACUCUGUACAUAUAUAUAGUGUGAAAGGACUCUUCUGUCUAUAGUGUAUAUUUUGGCAAUGGUUUCCCUUUGUAUGUGCGGGUGCACGCGUGGGUGUGUGUGGGGGGGUCUUUUUCUCUAAGUGUGUAUUAAAAAUAAUGCAGUAUUGACAAACCUUUAA